AUUUUUCUAUACGUCUUAAUUUUUUUCGUUACAAUCAGGGAGGCGGGAGCCUGAGUGAAAUUAAAUUAAUUUUCUUGUGCUGUAUCAUUCAUUUUAAAUUGCUUAAUCUAUUAAAAAGUGGAAAUCCACAACUAUAAAAACAUGCAUGCAUAGUAUUAUAGGAUAAAAUGGCGCGAAUUGCAACAUUUCUGAUUUCUGCCAUGGCAAUUCUCGCAGCUGCCAUCCAAGUUCCGGGAACUCUAGCUGUAGAUUACACGGUGACCAACACUGCCGCCGGCACACCGGGCGGCGAGCGGUUCACGGCGGACAUCGGCGUCGACUACACCCUGCAAACGCUCUCCUCCGCCACCGCCAUCAUCUGGCAGCUCUUCCAAGAAGACAACUCUCCGGCCGACAGGAAGGACGUCCAGAAGGUCUCCGUGUUCGUCGACGACAUGGACGGCGUUGCCUACACCGUCAACGACGAGAUCCACGUCAGCGCCCGGUACAUACAGGGUUACUCCUCCGGCGACGUCAAGACGGAGAUCACAGGCGUUCUAUACCACGAGAUGACCCACGUCUGGCAGUGGAACGGCAACGGCCAGGCUCCCGGAGGGUUGAUCGAAGGGAUCGCCGAUUACAUCAGGCUCAAAGCGGGUCUCGCCCCGGGUCACUGGGUCGGUCCGGGUCAGGGUGACCGGUGGGACCAAGGUUAUGACGUCACGGCCCGGUUUCUGGAUUAUUGCGAUAGUCUGAGGACCGGAUUUGUGGCGGAGCUGAACAAGAAGAUGAGAGAUGGAUAUGAUAACAACUACUUCGUUGAGUUGCUGGGGAAAUCGGUUGAUGAUCUCUUCACUGAUUACAAAGCUAAAUAUAAUUCUAACUGAUUUUAUGAUCAAAUGAUUGAAUAUAUAAUAAUGAUAUAUACAAAUUUGAUAAAUUUGGCUUAUAUAUCUUUUAUUGCACGCAAAAAGAUAAUGAUAAUAAUUUCUACGUACGAGUUGUGCGAUGGGUUAAUUGGUUGAUGUACUAUCUUUUCUUUUCUUUUUCUUUUUUUUUCUUCCCUUUUUUUUAUUGAAAAGAAAUGUUGUGAAUAUUAGUUAUACAGUAGGUUAUAGCAUUUUCAUGAUACGGACAAAAAUAACAUUUUGUUAUACUCAACCGCUUUUGGAGAUGAAAAAAGCUGGAAUAGUUAAGAUUGGUGUAAAUCUGAAGCAACAGUUCAUUACAAAUGGUAUUCUUUUUGUUUCGAG